AUGGCCGGCCACCGGAACAAGGUCUCCUGGUCCUCCGGCCUCUGCGGCUGCUUCGACGACCUCGGCGGCUGCUUCCUGACACUCUUCUGCCCGUGCAUCGCCUUCGGGAGGAUCGCCGAGAUCGUCGACAAGGGGGCCAUAUCAUGCUGUGCGAGUGGGACGAUGCACGUGCUGCAGGGCUUGGGGACGUCCGCGAUAGGCUCCAUCCUCUACCACUACUGCUACCGCGCCAGACUGCGGGCAGAGCACGGGCUGGAGGAGAAGCCAUGCGCCGACUGCUGUGUCUACACCUUCUGCGGGUAUUGUGCCCUCUGCCAGGAGUAUCGCGAGCUCAAGAGUCGUGGCUUCGACAUGCAGGCGGGAUGGCAUGCCAACAUGGAGAGGAUGGGGAAGACCGUCGCGCCCCAGAUGAACCAGGGGAUGACUCGUUAG